CGUUGUAUAAAAAGAGCACACGCAUCCGCUGCGUAAAUCAGUUGAAAUAUAUAUUUGGGAGAGUUACGAUAUACAGAAUGCAGUGGAUACUUGGAUUGAUCGUAUGUCUCGGGGCAUUUGGCAUAAUCGCAGAGUCGCGCCAGAUACGCAUCAAUCGGUAUGCGGUCAGCGUCCAGGAGGAUGACGAUCAGCAGGCCCAAGUGAGGGAGCUAAAGCCCACUCCAUAUCCAGCGGCUGGCUAUAGACCGGAAGGACGUGCCUUCUGGCUGCCAGGCGAGGCUUCUGACUCAGACUCAGGUGCACGAUCUAGUUCCGAUCAGGGCACCACAACAACGGAACUGCCGCUGGAUACCACGACAAUAAGCAGCACAACAGAAGCACUCGAUUUGAGCACGACAACAGCAGGGGAUUCUGUAGAUGCCACAACCACAUUGUCACCCAUUCAGUUUCGAUCUGGUCGUGCCUAUGUUAAAGCACCCUAUCCGGCUGCGGGAUAUCGUCCAAGUCGAGCUUUUCUACUGCCAACCGAACUGAAUCUGGAGCAGCAGCAGCAGCAGGCAGAAACUAGCAAUUCAACUGCGACGUCUGCGGCACCAGAUAGCAAUGCCAAUAAUCCCGUUUGUGGUGUCAGCACAAACCCAUUGAAGCCAACACCAGAGCCGGGCUCCUCGGAUGAGCCCGAUGCUGAAAAUGUGUUAAUUACCGCCAAUCUGGGACCUGCUGUCAUUGUUGCCAGUGCACCCAGAUCUACCAUUCCGGUAGCCAUUCCGAUACGUUCGCAACCCUUAAUUCAGGCGCCGGCACGAGGAUUUGCCUACACCACGCAUGUGGAGCAGCGCUGGUGAGACAGUGGAUGCUUCAUUAUAUUGUUAG